CAGGAACAACAACACCUACACACACACACACACACAGUAGCAGGAGGAGGCUAUCAGCUAACAGCACCGACAUGGCGAGCGCCUCGUACCACAUCUCCAAUCUGCUGGAGAAAAUGACCUCCAGCGACAAGGAUUUCAGGUUUAUGGCCACUAACGACCUGAUGACGGAGCUACAAAAAGAUUCAAUCAAACUCGACGACGACAGCGAGAGAAAGGUCGUGAGGAUGAUUCUCAAACUGUUGGAGGACAAGAACGGAGAAGUUCAGAACCUGGCCGUCAAAUGCCUCGGGCCGCUGGUCAGCAAGGUGAAGGAGUACCAGGUGGAGACGAUCGUGGACACGCUGUGCACCAACAUGCUGUCGGACAAAGAACAACUCAGAGACAUUUCCUCCAUCGGACUCAAAACUGUGAUCGGAGAGUUACCGCCUGCCUCCAGUGGAUCUGCUUUAGCGGCAAGCGUGUGUAAGAAGAUAACCGGCCGUCUGACGAGCGCCAUCGCCAAACAGGAAGACGUGUCAGUCCAGCUGGAGGCGCUCGACAUCAUGGCCGACAUGCUCUGCAGACAAGGAGGCCUGCUGGUGAACUUCCAUCCCUCCAUCCUGAGCUGCCUGCUCCCUCAGCUCACCUCCCCCAGACUGGCUGUCAGGAAGAGGACCAUCAUGGCUCUGGGCCACCUGGUGAUGUCCUGCGGGAACCUGGUCUUCAUCGAUCUGAUUGAACAUCUUCUGACGGAGCUCGGCAGGAACGACAACAUGUCAACCACAAGAACCUACAUCCAGUGCACGGCGGCCAUCAGCAGACAGGCGGGACACAGGAUCGGAGAGUAUCUGGAGAAGAUCAUCCCACUGGUCGUAAAGUUUUGUAAUGUUGACGAUGACGAGCUCAGAGAGUAUUGCAUCCAGGCCUUCGAGUCCUUCGUUAGGAGGUGUCCUAAAGAAGUUUACCCCCACGUUCCCACCGUCAUCUCCAUCUGCCUGCGCUACCUGACCUACGACCCCAACUACAACUUUGACGAUGAAGACGAAGAUGACAACGCGAUGGACGCCGAGCAGAACGAUGAAGAUUAUCAAGGAAGUGACGACGAGUACAGCGACGACGACGACAUGAGCUGGAAGGUUCGGCGGGCGGCGGCCAAAUGUUUGGACGCCGUCGUUUCAACUCGUCACGAAAUGCUGCCCGAGUUUUAUCGCUCCGUCUCUCCUGCGCUGGUCUGUCGCUUCAAGGAGAGGGAGGAGAACGUGAAGGCAGAUGUUUUCCACGCUUAUCUGUCACUGCUCAAACAAACCAGACCGGCUCAGAGCUGGCUGGCCGAUCCAGACGCCAUGGAGCAAGGAGACACACCGUUAACUAUGCUGCAGAGCCAGGUCCCAAUGAUAGUCAAGGCUCUUCACAAGCAGCUGAAGGAGAAAAGUGUCAAAACUCGUCAGUGUUGUUUCAACAUGUUGACCGAGCUGGUGAACGUCCUCCCAGGAGCGCUGACUCAGCACAUACCGGUGCUAAUACCAGGAAUCAUCUUCUCUCUGAACGAUAAGUCGAGCAGCUCUAACCUGAAGAUCGAUGCGUUGGCUUGCCUCCACGUCAUCAUGGUCACACACCCGGCGCACGCCUUCCACGCUCACGUCCCCGCCCUCGUCCCGCCCGUGGUGGCGUGCGUGGGAGACCCCUUCUACAAGAUCACCUCGGAGGCUCUGCUCGUCACCCAGCAGCUCGUUAAGGUGAUCCGACCCCUCGACAACCUGCCGGAGGGCCCCGACAGCUUCGACCCCUCCCCCUACAUCAACGACCUGUUCACCUGCACCAUCAAACGCCUGAAGGCCGCCGACAUCGACCAGGAAGUGAAAGAGCGAGCCAUCUCCUGCAUGGGACAGAUCAUCUGUAACCUAGGUGACCGCCUCCCCAACGAGCUUCCUGGAACGCUGCUGAUCUUCUUAGAGCGCCUAAAGAACGAGAUCACGAGACUGACGACCGUGAAAGCCAUGACUCUGAUCGCCGGCUCUCCGUUGAAGAUCGACCUGAGGCCGGUUCUUCCUGACGCUGUUCCCAUCCUCGCUUCGUUCCUCCGUAAAAACCAGCGAGCUCUGAAGCUUUGCACGCUGGCUGCUCUGGACAUCCUGCUCAGAAACUACAGCUCUGCGGUGACUCCCGUCAUGGUGGACGCCGUCCUGGCUGAGCUUCCUCCUCUGAUCUCAGAGAGUGACAUGCACGUGUCUCAGAUGGCGCUGAGCUUCCUGUCCACGCUGGCGGUGACUCACCCGUCCUCGCUGGGUCAGCUGAGCGGCGGGAACAUCCUCCAGCAGCUCAUUGCGCUGGUUCGAUCCCCGCUGCUGCAGGGAGGAGCGCUCGCCGCCAUGCUCGACUUCUACCAGGCUCUGGUGGCCACAGAGACUCCUGGUUUGGGUUACAUGGACCUGCUGAGGAUGCUGACGGGUCCGGUUUACUCCCAGAGUGCCGCUCUGCCUCACAAACAGGCUUACUGCUCCAUCGCUAAGUGUGUCGCCGCUCUGACCCGAGCCUGCCCCAACGAGGGUCCCGCAGUGGUGGGACAGUUCAUCCAGGACGUGAAGAACAGCCGCUCCACAGACUCCAUCAGACUGCUCGCUCUGCUCUCAUUGGGUGAAGUGGGACACCAUGUGGACCUCAGCAGCCAACCAGAACUCAAGACCGUCAUCCUGGACGCCUUCUCCUCCUCCAGUGAAGAGGUGAAGUCCGCAGCUUCUUACGCGUUGGGAAGCAUCGCAGUGGGGAACCUCCCGGAGUAUCUUCCCUUCGUCCUGCAGGAGAUCUCGUCCUCUAAGAGACAAUACCUGCUGCUGCACUCGCUCAAAGAGAUCAUCAGUUCGGCGUCGGUGUCGGGUCUGAAGCCUUACGUGGAGUCUGUCUGGACGCUGCUGCUCAAACACUGCGAGUGUCAGGAGGAAGGAACCAGGAACGUUGUGGCCGAGUGUCUCGGCAAGCUGACGCUGAUCGACCCCGAGACCCUGCUGCCCCGCCUCAAAGGAUACCUGCUGUCAGGUUCGUCGUACGCCAGGAGCUCCGUGGUAACAGCCGUAAAGUUCACCAUCUCCGACCAGCCGCAGCCCAUCGACCCGCUGCUGAAGAACUGCAUAGGUGAUUUCCUGAAGACGCUGGAGGACCCGGACCUGAACGUGCGUCGCGUCGCCUUGGUAACGUUUAACUCUGCCGCCCACAAUAAGCCGAGUCUGAUCCGAGAGCUGCUGGACUCCGUUCUACCGCAACUCUACAACGAGACCAAAGUCAGGAAGGAGCUGAUCCGAGAGGUGGAGAUGGGACCCUUCAAACACACAGUGGAUGAUGGUCUGGACUUGCGGAAGGCUGCGUUCGAGUGCAUGUAUACUCUGCUGGACAGCUGCCUGGACCGGAUCGACAUCUUCACCUUCCUCAACCACGUAGAGGACGGACUCAAGGACCACUACGACAUCAAGAUGCUGACAUUCCUGAUGCUGGCCAGACUGUCGUCUCUCUGUCCCAGUGCUGUUCUACAGAGACUGGACAGACUGGUAGAACCACUGAGAGCCACCUGCACCACCAAGGUGAAGGCGAACUCUGUGAAGCAGGAGUUUGAGAAGCAGGACGAGCUGAAGCGGUCGGCGAUGCGAGCCGUCGUGGCGCUGCUGACGAUCCCCGAGGCCGAAAAGUCGCCGCUGAUGUCAGAGUUCCAGUCCCAGAUCUCGUCCAAUCAGGAGCUGGCGGCCAUCUUCGACUCCAUCCAGAGGGACUCGAGCUCCGCCAACAUGGAGUCCAUGGACACCAGCUAAAAAACGUGGACAGACAAGUUCCCACGAUGCAACACGGCACCACCCCUCCCCCCCCUCCCUCCCCCGCUGCUGGAGCGCUAACCCUGCAGCAUGUUUCCAUGACAACAGGACGCACAUACACACACACACACACACAUACAA